UCAAUUGUCAUGUUUUUUUCCUUGAUUGUUAUACUUUUGCAUUGUAUGCAUGCAUGCAUGUGAGUUGCUAUUGAAAUUGUAUUUAAGCAUGCCAAUGCAUGAAUGCCAAAAUGCGCAGUAGUUUGAAGUUGGACCAGACGCCAUUUUCAUUGCAUCUGACGCACUUGUUCUUCUUCGGACAACGUUUUAAUUUUCGAAAAAGUGUCGCGUGGUCAGCUUUCUCUGGGAAUUUACAUCACACAGGUCAAUACUCUGAUCAGCAUGGCUUCUGAAUUGAGCUCUGUAGAGGGCGUCUGUGAAGGAGACGACUGUACGGCGAAUGCAGAUCUGACUUUCUAUGUGACGGAGAAGAAGAAGCUCUGCCAUGACUGCGCCUCUAAAAAGGAAUGCUUAGGAAUAGCAAAAAAGGGUAUGUCUUAUCUGUACUGUGAAAAACACGAUAAACAUAUCGAUAUGUACUGUAAAACACAUUACGUGGGUUUAUGUGUUUCAUGCGCUGUGAUAGAUCACGAUGAGAAGCCUUGCGUGCGACAGGAUGUAGAGGACGCAAUCUUGGAAAUUAAAGCAAAGCUCAACAUUCUGAAGGAUAAGGCGAUGGAGAAGUUGGAGUUAUGUCGAGUCCAUGGAAAGCACAUUGGUCAGUGUAGACAAGCCGCAGACGAACAUCUGCAAAGUAUCAAAGAUGAGGUUGAUUUCCUAAUCGAAAAGGAGAUUGCCAGCGACAAAGUCAGGGAACAGGAGGCUGCGGCUAAAAUUGACCAGGAGAUUGAUGGGAAAAACAAAAAGCUCCAAGAGGAGAUUAAAAACAUCCAGAAUAAGAUUCGAAAGAACAAUGAGGAGAGGGAGAAGCGACAUAAAGAAAACAACACAAAUGCAGAGAAAAGACAAGAACCAAUAAAUAAUAAACAAUGCUCUCUCCAUGCUGACAUUCAGAACAUCGCUCAAGGGAUCAAGAGAAAGAUUGGCGAGGUGGAGAAAUCAUGGCAAGAUGACACAAAAGCUACAAAGAAUGCCAUCCAGACACUUGAAACAGUACUCGAAGACGAUCAAAAUAUUGUCAAAGGCGGGCAUCGUGUGAAUACAUCAGUUAGUGAUAAACUAAAAAGGCCACUGAAUGAGAAUGAGGAUGAGGUGAAAGAAAUUAAUCGUGUUGUAUCAGGUGUGAGGUUUGUGAAGGGUGCUGGGAGGAAGAUGAUGUAUGAUGGGAGGAUUGAUGUGUAUGAGUGGAAGCUCAUCGAUACAAUCAAUGUAAGAGAUAAAACCAAAUACCCGGUCAUUGUAGGAUGUAUAGAUGGAUGCAAUGUUAUAAUCACAGAUAACCGAGAAGGUAGUGGACAUACAUACAUGUUAGAUUUGCACACUAAACAUACUCGGAGAGUGAUAAACGGUAGUGGUACAUCAUUGGUUCGGUCCUGUGCAGUGCUGAAUGAUGACAUGGUAGUAUGCGGUAAAGUGAACAGAUGUAGUACAGGAGACAGUUUGAAUGGAUGCAUCAGUGUGUAUGACAGACAGUGGAAGCUCACCAAUAACGUAUCUAUACCAAGAAACACGACGGAUGAUUUCACACGGGUGGAUGUUACAGCUGGCAAGGAUGGGAUGAUCAUCGCUACUGAGGCGAGUCAGUCUAAGAUAUACGUCAUCAACCCAGCUGAUGGUAAAGUUAUCAAUACCAUCACGUGUAAAGAGAAUAUAAAGAUGUGUGAUAUGCUGUCAUCAGGUCACAUCAUCGCUCGACCCUGGUCACCAGAUCGCAGAGCGCUCAUCAUUGACAGAGAGGGUGCUCAAAGGGAAAUACCCCACAAUGAUGUCAUCCUGAAUGUCUGCGUUGAUUCUUAUACAGACGACCUCUACGUUGUGACAUCAGAUGGUGUAUACAAGACGUGUGUGAUUGAUCAGGUGAUGAGUGGAGUUGAUGUGAAGAAGAGAAGAGUAGCAUCAUUCCCUCUAUCAACAAUACGGGUGUUGAUGCAUGACAGGAGGAAUUACCUUCUUAGGUCUCGAGUGAUUAUGACGUCAUCAGGGAAGAUGAUUGCUUGCGAUGGAGACAACAUUCUCGUAUUUAAAAAGCUAUUUAGCCUCUAAACUAAUCAUUUAGAGAUUUUAACAUUUGAGUUUGACUCCUGUUUUAAUGUAAAAAUACUCUUAAGAUUCCCAAUAAAGUGAAGAAAUCAGAAUGUUGAUUCGUAAACAUAUACAUAGUCAGCAAUAAUUGUUUUUUCAUGUUCCCCUUCUAUACUUGUCUUUUCAAACUCUUCAUUUUGUUAAUAUCUGUAUCUUAAUUAUUGGUUGAUAUAACGAACGGGUUAAAGAAAUGUUACUCAGUGAGGGAAGGACUUAAGAAGUAUUCUAGGCUCAAUACAUAGGGAGAGACUAGUUCUCUGAUAAUGUUGAGAGGUUUAUAGUCUAGGACUGGUUGAGGCCUGUAUACCGAUACAGGUGCAUUUUAAUACGCCUUUUUCGUAAUGUAAUCAAAAUUAAUAGAAAUCUUUUUAAGUGCCUUGAUCGUUACACAUUAUUUCAUUCACCCGUUACUUGUUGUAUUUCAAUAGUCAGAAGGCGAAAUAAUGCAAACAUUACGUGUU